AUGCGCUUCGUAAAUUAUGAAACAGGCGAAAGCAGUGAGAAAAAUAUAAAAUCACGUCAAGGAUUACGCUGCAGUGUAUGUUACAACGUAUUUCCCACAAAAUACAAGUUGGUGUGUCACACCAGGGUUCACACGGGAGAAAAGCCAUUUCAGUGCGAGAUCUGCGGCAAUAAAUUCGGUCAGAAAGCGUAUUUAGUCAACCACCAGAGAGUUCACACGGGACUGAAGCCCUUCGAGUGUCGAGACUGCGGCCAGAAAUUCAGAGAUUCUCCCUCCCUGAGAAAGCAUCACCGCACUCACACCGGCGAGAAACCCUUCGAGUGCUCUGUCUGCUCGGCCAAGUUCAGUCGCAAGGAAAGCCUGAAGAUUCACUUACGAAGUCACACGGGCGACAGACCCUUCGUCUGUAACGUGUGCGGAAUGGCGUUUAUGAGCGGGUCUCACAGGAGAAGACACGAAUUGCGGCACGUGAAAAAAGAAAAGUGA